AUGCCUCGCCCGGGAAAGAGCUCGUACAGCGACCAGAAGCCGCCGUACUCGUACAUCUCGCUGACGGCCAUGGCCAUCCAGCAUUCGGCGGAGAAGAUGCUGCCCCUGAGCGACAUUUACAAGUUCAUCAUGGACCGCUUCCCCUACUACCGGGAGCACACGCAGCGCUGGCAGAACAGCCUGCGCCACAACCUGUCCUUCAACGACUGCUUCAUCAAGAUCCCCCGCCGGCCCGAUCAGCCCGGCAAGGGCAGCUUCUGGGCGCUGCACCCGGACUGCGGGGACAUGUUCGAGAACGGUAGCUUCCUUCGGCGUCGCAAGCGCUUCAAGGUGCUGCGGGCCGACCCCCCGCACCUGCACCCGGGGGCCGCCAAGGGCGGCGGGGCCACCGGGCCUCUGCACCCGCACCACCACCACCACCCGCACCACCACCACCACCCGCAUCACCACCACCACCACCCUCCGCCCCCUUCCUCCUCCUCCUCCUCCUCGUCUUCCUCCUCCUCCUCCUCCUCCUCGCAGCACCACCACCACCACCACCACGUGCCCCCGCCGCCGCCGCCGCCGCCUCCCCCUCCCCACCUGGUGCACUACUUCCACCAGCAGCCGCCGGUCCAGCCGCCGCCGCCGCCGCCGCACCUCCAGCCUCAGGGGCAGCCGCCGGGGCCUCCGCAGCCGGGCAAGAUACAGGAGGCGGCGGCGGUGGCGGCGGCGGCGGCGGCGGCGGCGGCGGCGGCCGUGGGCAGCGUGGGCCGCCUUCCGCAGUUUCCCCCCUACGGCCUGGGCUCGGUGGCGGCGGCGGCGGCCUCCACGUCGUCGGGCUUCAAGCACCCCUUCGCCAUCGAGAACAUCAUCGGGCGGGAUUACAAGGGCGUGAUUCAGGCGGGCGGCUUGCCCCUGGCCUCCGUGAUGCACCAUCUGGGCUACCCGGUGCCCAGCCAGCUGGGCAACGUCGUCAGCUCCAUGUGGCCCCACGUCGGGGUCAUGGACUCGGUGGCCGCCGCUGCAGCCGCGGCUGCCGCUGCCGCCGGAGUGCCAGUGUCCCACGAGUACGGGGCCUUCGGGGUCCCGGUCAAGGCCCUAUGCCACCCAACCGGACAGACCCUGCCCGCGGUGCCCGUGCCCAUCAAGCCUACGCCGGCCCUGCCGCCGGUGCCGGGCCUGCCCCCGGCGCUCACCGUCGAUCCGCCGCCACAGCCGCCGCCCAACUGUCCCUCUUCGGCCGCCUCGCCGGCCUCAUCCCUGCUGGGGCAAACGCCCCCCACCUCGGCCGACAGCAAGGGCGGUGGCGGCGGCGGCGGGGGGGCCUUACCCUCAGUGCUGGUGCACUCGUAA